UUUGUGGCUAUAAGCUACUCCAUGUUAAACUGCUCACGAGUUCGGCUUUUCACUCCAAACAAUCCCUCUCUUACCUUUCACUACAUAUAUUAUAUUAGACAUAUAUAUAUAUAUAUGUAUGUGUGUACAGCCCUCACCAUCCCAUCACAGUUUCUCUCACCUCUCCUCUUCACUUUCUCACACUUCCACUCACUCCCAGUGUUCUUUUCCUAGUUUUGAAUUUUAAUUUGAUUUAUAUAUAUUCCUUCUUGGGAUGAUGAUGAAAAUGGAAAUCUUGGAAGAGUUCGCGGGGUCUAACGAUCACGCCAUCGUUAAAGGGAAGCGCACCAAGCGGCCGAGACCGUCGUCCUCAGCCUCGUCGAGCGGCGGUGGAUCUGGCGGAGGAGUAGUAGAGGCUCAUAAUUCAUUAUUGGUUUCGUAUUCUCCCACCACUUCAAGUGGAAUAUCAACGAGUAUGGAGGAAGACGAGGACAUGGCCAACUGUUUGAUUCUCCUCGCACGCGGGGGUUCUCCUCCCCCAAUCAAGGCGGUGGAGGGCAAAUUCAGCAGCCGGAAAUUCGCGGAGAUGGCCACCACGGCGGCCGGGAAAGUGGGCAUCUACGUGUACGAGUGCAAGACUUGCAACAGAACUUUCCCGUCGUUUCAGGCCUUGGGAGGCCACAGGGCCAGCCACAAGAAGCCCAAGCCCACCACGGAUGAUGAUCAGAAAAAGUCGCCUCCGGCUCCGCCGCCGCCGGAUUACCAAGAAGAGGAAGAAGCUCCGCCACCUUCAACACAACUCCCCAAUAACAAAAGCUGCCAUUAUUACGAUCACAACAAACCCAAGAUUCACGAGUGUUCAAUAUGCGGGUCGGAGUUUGCGUCGGGUCAAGCAUUGGGUGGCCACAUGAGAAGACACAGGACAGCACCUAGUACUACUGGUACAAGAAUCGGCACGAGUGUCGACAACGAUUCCCCGACGACGUCGCAUGAUGUCAGCGAGAAGCCCAGAAACACGUUGGAAUUUGAUCUCAACCUCCCGGCCGAGUCGCCGGAAGAUGACAAGCUUCAAGAUCAUGAGUUUCCGGCCAAGCAGCAGCCACGUCUUGUCUUCUCCGCCGCGGCACUGGUGGAUUGCCACUACUAGCUAGAAGAGAAUCGUGGGUUGACAUUUGAUCACAACAAUGUGAAUAAUUAUUUCUUAAUUACCACUAUAUUUUUUUUCUUUUCUUUUUUUCAUUUUUCCAUAUAAAAAUUAUAAUUCCCAUUAUUCAUUAUUGGAAUUGUUUUAAUUCGUGGAGGCCAGGGGCCAUUUUGAUUCAUUCUAUUGUUGUUUUUAAUAAAUGU